ACACAUUCUUUCUUUCUUUCUCUCCUUUAGGAAACAUGUAGAGUCGUUUUAUGAAAAUUCUCAUUCCAUAAUCUACAUUUGCAAAUACUUACAUGAAGAACUAAUCCAUGCAAGAAAUUAAAGAAAUUUAUAUAGAAAACAAAAAAAGGGUAUAAUUAAUAUUUGGUAGAAUAAUGGCUUCCUUUACUUCCCAAACUUCUAAGAAAACCAUGCGUACUCCUGCAGGCUCCCAGGGAAGAAGUUCUCCCAGUGGGCAAAGUGUGAAAUUUGCAAGAAGAACUUCUAGUGGGCGCUAUAUUAGUCUUUCUAGAGAAGAUCUUGAUAUGUCAGGAGAGAUAGCUGGCGACUACAUGAACUACACGGUACACAUUCCUCCGACGCCAGAUAAUCAGCCAAUGGAUACGUCCGUGGCUGUGAAAGCUGAAGAGCAAUAUGUAUCCAAUUCUCUAUUUACAGGUGGAUUCAAUAGUGUAACACGUGCCCAUCUCAUGGAUAAAGUGAUAGAAUCUCAGGUUACACAUCCUCAAAUGGCUGGAGCUAAAGGCUCUUCAUGUGCAAUGCCUGCUUGUGAUGGUAAGAUCAUGAAGGAUGAGCGAGGAAAUGAUGUGAUCCCUUGUGAAUGCAGGUUCAAAAUUUGCAGGGAUUGUUAUCUGGAUGCCCAAAAGGAGACAGGUUUAUGUCCAGGAUGCAAGGAAAAUUAUAAAGUUGGAGAUUAUGACGAUGACCUUCCUGAUUUUUCUAGUGCACCGUUACAUUUGCCUGCUCCUAGUAAAGGUGAAAACAUGACAAUGACGAAGAGGAACCAAACUGGAGACUUCGAUCAUAAUAGGUGGCUAUUUGAAACAAGAGGGACUUAUGGCUAUGGUAACGCCUUCUGGCCUCAAGAUGGGGAUGAAGGGGAUGAAGGAGGUGGCAUGGUAGAAAAUUCCGAUAAGCCUUGGAGACCCCUCAGUCGCAGAAUACCAAUGCCGGCAGCCAUCAUGAGUCCAUAUAGAUUGCUGAUCGUAGUUCGAUUUGUAGUUCUAGUGUUCUUCUUGCAUUGGAGAGUUACCAAUCCAAAUGAAGAUGCAAGAUGGUUAUGGAUGAUGUCAGUGGUGUGUGAAAUAUGGUUUGCUUUCUCUUGGAUCUUGGAUCAAAUUCCAAAACUUACCCCUGUCAAUCGUUCCACUGACCUGGAUCUUCUUCGCGACAAGUUUGAACUACCAUCACCCUCUAAUCCCACCGGCCGGUCUGAUCUCCCCGGAAUAGACCUGUUUGUUUCAACUGCUGAUCCUGAGAAAGAGCCACCCCUUGUAACUGCGAACACUAUUCUUUCAAUUCUAGCAGUUGAUUACCCUGUAGAGAAGGUGUCUUGUUAUAUAUCUGAUGAUGGAGGUGCUCUUCUUACUUUUGAAGCAAUGGCCGAGGCUUGUAGCUUUGCUGAUUUAUGGGUUCCAUUUUGCCGGAAACAUGAUAUCGAACCAAGAAAUCCUGAUACUUACUUUAGCUUAAAAGUUGACCCAACCAAGAACAAGAGCAGGCUUGAUUUUGUGAAAGACAGGAGACGGAUAAAGAGGGAGUACGACGAAUUCAAGGUAAGAAUCAAUGGUCUACCAGACUCCAUUAGGAGGAGAUCUGAUGCUUUUAAUGCAAGGGAGGAAAUGAAAAUGUUAAAGCACAUGAGAGAAAGUGCAACUGAACCUUUAGAGCGUAUAAAGAUCCAAAAAGCCACUUGGAUGGCAGACGGAACUCACUGGCCUGGAACCUGGGCUUCACCUGCUCCUGAACAUUCUAAAGGUGACCAUGCAGGAAUUCUUCAGGUGAUGCUUAAGCCCCCAAGCCCUGACCCACUAACGGGGGGUGAAGAUGACAAGAUUCUAGAUUGCGCAGAUGUUGAUAUGCGUCUCCCUAUGUUUGUCUAUGUAUCCCGUGAAAAAAGACCAGGCUAUGAUCAUAACAAGAAAGCUGGUGCCAUGAAUGCCUUAGUACGAGCAUCUGCAGUGCUGUCAAAUGGUCCCUUCAUUCUCAACCUGGAUUGUGAUCACUAUAUCAAUAACUGCAAAGCCGUCAGAGAAGGAAUGUGCUUCAUGAUGGAUAGAGGUGGUGAAGACAUCUGCUACAUUCAAUUCCCUCAGAGAUUUGAAGGCAUUGAUCCUUCUGAUCGAUAUGCAAAUCAUAAUACUGUUUUCUUCGACGGGCAAAUGCGUGCCCUUGAUGGAGUGCAGGGUCCAGUUUAUGUGGGAACUGGUUGUAUGUUCAGAAGGUUUGCAUUGUAUGGAUUUGAACCUCCAAAUCCUGAUAAGUAUGAACAGAAGAGCAACGAUGGUUCUGAAACUCGUCCCUUAACAGCUACAGAUUUUGACCCUGAUCUUGAUGUAAAUCUACUGCCUAAGCGGUUUGGAAAUUCCACGUUGUUGGCUGAAUCUAUACCUAUCGCUGAAUACCAUGGCCGACCUCUUGCUGAUCAUCCUGCUAUCAAGUAUGGACGUCCACCUGGUGCUUUAAGGAUGCCUCGCGAACCACUUGAUGCCACUACUGUAGCUGAAGCUGUCUCAGUCAUUUCUUGCUGGUAUGAAGACAAGACUGAAUGGGGUGAUCGAGUGGGAUGGAUUUAUGGUUCGGUUACAGAAGAUGUGGUGACAGGUUACCGCAUGCACAAUCGUGGAUGGCGCUCAGUCUACUGUGUGACCAAGCGAGAUGCAUUUCGUGGAUCAGCUCCAAUUAAUCUCACUGAUCGACUCCACCAAGUGCUCCGUUGGGCUACAGGUUCUGUUGAGAUUUUUUUCUCCAGGAACAAUGCCUUUCUUGCCUCUAGAAAGCUCAAAAUACUUCAGCGCCUUGCCUAUCUCAACGUCGGCAUUUAUCCAUUCACUUCUACGUUCCUGAUCGUCUAUUGCUUCCUGCCUGCUCUCUCUCUUUUCUCAGGAUUCUUCAUUGUGCAAUCACUUAGCAUUGCAUUUUUAGUUUACCUUUUAACAAUAACUGUUUGUCUAAUAAGUCUUGCCAUCCUCGAGCUGAGAUGGUCUGGUAUAGGGUUGGAAGAGUGGUGGAGGAACGAACAAUUCUGGCUCAUCUCCGGCACAAGUGCUCACUUGGCAGCUGUUGUGCAGGGUCUUCUCAAGGUGAUUGCAGGGAUUGAAAUCUCUUUCACAUUAACUGCCAAGGCUGCAGGAGAAGACAAUGACGAUAUUUAUGCAGAACUGUAUCUAGUAAAGUGGACUUCUCUAAUGAUUCCACCCAUUGUCAUUGCAAUGACCAAUAUAAUUGCCAUCGGCUUUGCAUUUAUAAGGAAUAUUUACACCCCAACUCCAGAAUGGAGCAAGUUCAUCGGUGGAGCUUUCUUUAGCUUCUGGGUGUUGGCUCAUCUGUAUCCUUUUGCUAAAGGUUUGAUGGGAAGGAGGGGGAAGACUCCCACGAUUGUGUUUGUUUGGUCUGGACUCAUUGCCAUCACACUGUCUUUGCUUUGGAUUGCCGUUAGCCCACCGAGGGUGGUCACUGCCACGACUGAAGCUGGUGGGGGAGGAUUCCAGUUUCCAUAAGCAGAAACUCUAAUGCCUGGAUAUAUGAAGUAAAAAUUGGACAUGCGUCUGAAAGAGUCCUAGUAUA